AUGGCCCCUAGCGUGCUGUACCAUUGUCCAUGUCUAUCGACGUCCUCAGUACCGCCUCCCCCGCAUCUUGCAUCCUCUUCCUAUAGCUUCCAUCCAUUGCAUACGCUGUACUUCUGCGAGGAAUGCGACGCGGUACGAUGCAACAGAUGCGUCUCCGUAGAGGUCAGCGGGUACUACUGCCCCAAUUGCUUGUUCGAGGUGCCGAGUGCGAGCGUGAGGGCGGAGAAGAAUAGGUGCCACAGAUGCGCGCGCAACUGCUUCAUGUGUCCCAACUGCCGAAAUACACUUUCUGUCGUACCCUCAGACCCACCAGAUCAGGGCGAUGGUCUCAUGUCCAUCCCUGUCAGCGCUGUUGGCGAGCCGCCUUUCUUCCUGUUCUGCAACCACUGCCGAUGGGAUUCUGCAGAGGUCGGCGUCACAUUCGAGAAGCCCACAGGCCUUGCCGCCCAGCUGCAGAAAUUCGAAGAUUCCGCGCCCGACGCGCUCGAGUUCGAUCGGCUCAAGGAGCACUUCGAGCCCGUCAUCCGCGCGUCCGCGCUGUCCGCAUCCGUCCAUGGAGGCCCCAGUGCGCACGCCCGCUCCCCCUCGCAGCACACAUCGUCCCUCAGCUCCGUCACAGCGGCCGCCUCCGCGGCGCUCGCGCGCGACAUCCCGGGCGUCGGCAAGUACAACGCGCUCUCCCGAUCGCGGGCGGGCAAGGACAAGUCGGCGAACAAGGACGAGAUGCCGGAGUACCGCGCGCGGCAGGACGUCGCGGCGGUGAGCAUCAUCGGCGGCGGGGGCGGUGAGGCGGAUGUGGAUUUCAUGCGGCACCUUGAGGGUAUCGCGGAGGUUGCGUCGUUGGAGCAGCGGUGGGAGAGCAGUUGGGCGACGCCGCUGCGCGCGAAGGACCUCAAGCCGCUGCGGAUCCCGCUGCACUCGAAGCGCUCAAAGCGAUGUCCAGCAUGCACUCACAUCCUGAUCAAGCCCGAGCAGAAGGCGCAAUCUGUACGAUACAAGAUCAAGCUUGUCGCCGCCAACUACCUCCCAUCUAUGACCGUGCGCCUUCCUCACCUCGCGCGGCCCAUCGUCCAACCGCCGCGCUCCAUGUCCAAGUCCACCAUGACGCCUCCCGUCGUAGAGGAGCCCAUGCAGGCCGGACGGACAUACCAGUUCCAUCUCGCUCUCACGAAUCCGCUGUAUGAUCCCAUCCAGGUCCGACUCAGCGUACAGCGCGUGCACGCGGAACGACAGCGGAGGCCACCCUUCGCGGUGUCGUUGCCGACGACGAUGUUCUCCAUCGCCCCAUUCGCGGAAGCGUGGGAGUACGAGGACGACGAUGACGAGGACUUCACGACGAUGGACGACGACGAGCUCAUGGGCAUCGCCCGCGGCGCGGUCACCGCGCGCGAGAAGGAGCGGCCGGCGAAGCCCAAGACGGUCGGCGUGCUCGAGAAGAAGGGGAACCUGACAGUCGUCGGCGGGGAGGUGGUCAUCGGGAAGGAGGCCCGAGGGAACGUGAAGUUCAACAUGCUCGUAUCCUAUACCUACCGCUCGGAUGACACCGGAGGCUCUGACCUGGGCAUCAACGAGACCCCGACCAAGAGCAAAGGGCCAGAGACGAAGACCUUUGCGUUCUACACCGUGGUGGAUCUUGGUCCAAUCGUCCCGAGAGAAGAGCCUAUGUCUGCGAACCAGGAUGUGAACAUGGGAUGAGAUUGUCACUAAUAUAUUGCUGCUUCCCUCCGGGAAGCACUUUCCGAUUCACGUCGCCGUUCAUGAUCACUAGUGCUUUACUCUCGUCCAGCGUAUCAGUCGCUGCACAGUGAGGGAGCCAAGGGUGUCCUUUUGACCUCUGCUAACACUGGAAACAUCUGGUCUGCUGCUUCUCCUGCAUUCAGCAAUUCUCGUUGUCCCAUUGUUUGUUCGGCACACACUUAGCAGAC